GCACAAUCCGAUGCACGCGGGAUGCUACGUCGAAGUGCCGUGGGAGAUAGCGACGAAACGAGCGGUGGUCAACGUGCGCUCGAAGGACAACGCGUGCUUCGCGUGGUCGGUGGUCGCCGCUCUGCACCCCGUGGAAAGACACGCGGAUCGAGAGUCGUCGUAUCCGCAUUACGCAACGGUGCUCGAGUUCGCGGGUAUCGAGUUUCCGAUGACUCUGAAAGACAUUACGAAAUUCGAACGUGUGAACGACGUGUCGAUAAACGUUUACUGUAUCGAGAAGGAGGGAGGUGAACUAUCUGUUCUUCCGAUACGAUUGACCGGUCGAAAGAUGGAGAGGCAUGUCAACCUGUUGCACAUGCAGGAUCCACGAGACAGCAGCAUCGGCCACUUCGCGUGGAUAAAAAAUCUGUCCCGCCUCGUGAGCUCUCAACUCAGCAAGAAGAAGAACAAGAAAUUCUUCUGCGAUCGAUGCCUACAUUACUUCAGCUCGCAGGAACGACUGGAUGCUCACACCGUGGACUGCAACGAGCUGAACGAGUGUGCGGUAGAGCUGCCGAAAGAAGACGCGAAAUGGCUAACGUUCGGCAAACACGGCAACAAGGAACGUAUUCCGUUCGUCGUGUACGCCGACCUGGAGUGCGUUCUAGAGAAGAUGGACCCGAAUCUGCCUGAAUCUCAACACCACAAGGUACACAGUAUCGGAUACUAUGUGCACUGCUCGUACAACGACGCGCUAUCGAUGUAUCGGUGUCGUCGCGAUAAGGAUUGCGUCGCGUGGUUCGUGGAGGAACUCAAAGAAUUGGCACACAAAGUAAAGUCCGCUCUGUCCGUUAACGUUCCGAUGGCAGAAUUGACGCGCGACGAAUACGACAGAUAUAACAACGCUACGUACUGUCACAUAUGCGAAAAACCGUUCGCGACGGAAGACACGCGGGUACGGGAUCACUGCCACAUGACCGGACGAUACAGAGGUCCCGCGCAUUCCAACUGCAAUUUAAACUACAAAGAUUCACGUUGCAUUCCCGUGGUGUUUCACAAUCUAUCCGGUUACGACGCGCAUUUCAUUAUCAAGGAAGUAGCUACCGCGUACGAGGGACACGUGAACCUACUUCCGGUAACGAAAGAGAAGUACAUCGCGUUUACGAAAACGGUCAAUGGCACGGAAAUGGAAAAAAAAGAUUAUAGAACCAGCGUAACAUUACGCUUUAUCGACUCGUUCAAAUUUCUCAGUUCGAGUCUCGAGAAAUUGGCAUCUUAUCUCGAGAAAGAUAAACUACGGAUAAUGCAACGCGAAUUUUGUGCUCUACCAGCGGAACAUUUCGAGCUUCUCACUAGAAAAGGCGUAUUUCCGUACGAGUACGUCGACCGCUUUGAAAAGUUGGAGGAUACGUGUUUACCGCCGCGCGAAUCGUUUCACAGUUCGUUGACGGGCGACACCGUGUCCGAGAGCGAUUACGAGCACGCCGUUGACGUGUGGCAGCGGUUCUCCAUCGGAACGCUCAGCGAGUACAGCGAUCUGUACCUGAAAACGGAUGUCCUGUUGCUCGCUGAGGUUUUUGAAAAUUUCCACGACAGCUGCGUCCGCGGUAUAUGCGGUGGCCUCAGUCAAUGUUCCAACAGAUACGCGCGGGCCAACAAUAAGUACAUGUCUUCGUACGACCUGUCGAAACCGUCGUCGUACCUAAUGUACUACGACGUGAACAAUUUGUACGGCUGGGCGAUGUGUCAGCCGUUGCCCUACGCCGACUUUCGAUGGGUCGACGAUGCCGAGAACUUUGACUGGGGCAUGAUCGCUUCGGAUUCGCCCACGAGGUAUAUUCUAGAGGUCGAUCUAGAGUAUUCUCAAUAUCUACACGAACGGCACACUAACCUACCUUUCUGCCCGACGCGCGAUAAACCGCUCGGCACGCGGCACUAUAAGCUCCUCGCGACGCUUAACGAUAAGAAGCCGUUAUGCCAUCUACUACCGCAACCUACAGCAAUGCACUCGCCACGGCCUUCGCACCAUGGAGAACGUGCGCAAGCACGUCGACGUGAGAUGGCGACGACAUGGGAGGGUAGACACGGCGCGGAGGCGCUGAUCGCGAAACCAAAUUUUCACAGCCGCAGCGUUUUCGCGGAAAAUUUAAUCGCCGUCGAACUGCGUAAACUUAAGGUACAAUUCUACAAACCGAUUUACGUGGGUAUGUGUAUUCUCGAAGUAUCGAAAGUCUGCCUGUACGAAUUUUACCACGAGUACAUGUUGCCGCUGUACCGCGACAAAUGCAAGGUCAUGUACACCGACACGGACAGUCUCAUAUACCAUCUCGAGUGCGAGGAUGUUUACGAGACGAUGAAACAAUCAGAUUUGGAUGACGAAUAUAAUCUUCAACAUUACGAAGAUCUGAAUUUUAAUCCAAAGAAAGAAGUUUCAUUAAGAGACUUUCUACAGGUAUGGAGUAUUGAGAAUAAUAUUUGUCAUGUAGCUGUCACUAAAUUGUUGAAGGGUCUAAGAACAAAUGGACAUCAAAAUCUUCCUUGUGACGCUCGAACAUUAUUACAAACUCCAUCAACGACUAAUAUUCAUUCAAGUAAUUUUUAUUAUCGUGGACUGCAGACAGCACUGAAAGAUCAUAUACGACAAAGUAGACCUCUUAAUAAAUGUCUGGAAGAUCCUAUUAAAAUCAAUUUAAACAUAGACGGGUUACCAUUAGCAAAGAGUUCUAAAUCACAAAUUUGGCCACUUUUAGGACAAAUUAUUCACGAUGAUUAUAGGGAAAAACCAUUUCUUAUUGCAGUAUUCCAUGGGAACUGUAAACCAAGCAAACCUGAUGAAAUUUUAGAUCAAUUUAUUGAAGAAUAUAAAGAAUUACAAAAUAUAGGAUUUUAA